AUACCUAUAACCUAAAGUGCGCCGGUUGCAGUCUGUGUGUGACAUUUAACUACAGCAGUCUCUCAUAGUUUGAUCAUAUCUACUUCCCCCACUAGUUAUAUAGAGAUAGCAACAGAAGAAGAAGAGGAAGAAGAAGGAGAAGAAGAAGCCAAUACGGGGAGUGUAAAACCCCGAUCGCAUCACACGGAGACCUGCGAAGAUCAGCCACCAGCGGCUCGAGCGUGAAGCGCUGCCGCUCGGAGUAAAGAAGCGGAGACAUAAAGUCAGCAUAGAAAUGGCAGGUAUAGUCACUUGGUUUUGGAAUGAAAGAUUCUGGCUCCCUCACAAUGUAACCUGGGCAGACUUAAAAAGCACAGAUGAGGCGACCUUCCCCCAAGCCGAGGAUCUGUACCUGGCGAUCCCUUUGGCGGUCUGCAUCUUCAUGGUCCGCCUGCUCUUUGAAAGGUUUAUCGCAAGGCCUUGUGCCUUAGGAUUACAGAUUCAAGGCAAUGGACCGCAGAGAGCCCAGCACAAUGCCAUUCUGGAGAAGGUCUUCACUGCAAUCACCAAGCACCCGGACGAGAAGAGGCUGGAGGGCCUUUCCAAGCAGCUUGACUGGGACGUGCGGCCCAUUCAGCGCUGGUUUCGACAGCGGCGCAACCAGGAGAAGCCCAGCACCCUGACACUGUUCUGCGAGAGCAUGUGGAGAUUCACGUAUUACCUCUACAUAUUCACCUACGGAGUACAAUUCCUGAACAAAACCACAUGGAUAUGGAAUACCAAAUACUGCUGGUACAGUUACCCUUAUCAGCCUCUGACUGUGGACCUUCACUACUACUAUGUCCUCCAGCUUUCCUUCUAUUUAUCCAUGCUGUUCAUGCAGUUUACAGACAUCAGGAAGAAGGACUUUUUACUCAUCCUGAUGCAUCACCUGGCAACCAUUUUGCUGGUUACCUUCUCCUAUGUUAAUAACAUGGUGCGCGUGGGAUCCCUGGUCAUGUGUCUCCAUGAUGCUGCUGACGUCCUGAUGGAGGCAGCUAAAAUGGCGAACUACGCAAAAUGCCAAAGAGUAUGCAAUGUCAUAUUUGUCAUGUUUGCGUUGGUCUUUGUAAGUUCCAGACUGGGUGUUUAUCCUAUCUGGGUUUUAAACACCACCUUGUUUGAAAGCUGGGAGAUCAUAGGCCCGUACCCUUCCUGGUGGGUGUUCAACUCCCUGUUGCUGCUACUCCAGGUGCUGCAUGUCUUCUGGUUUUACCUCAUAGUGAGGCUUCUCUGCAGGGCUGUCUCUAGGGGCAAGGCGGGGAAGUGGAAUCCCUUACAUGUGUCGAAAGACGCCCACACUCACACAGAGUCCAGCUCUGAAGAGGACGACGUCCCCGUCGUCGCUCAGAAGCUCCAGCACGGCACUACCGACGCUACAAACGGGACCAACGGCUAUCUCCCGGGACCAGGGUCUCUGGACGAACACUGACUAGCCCUAUCUGUGGAAGUUACUGCAGACAUCACUACUCGAUGACCCCCCCCCCCCCACAGCUGUAAGGACCAUUUCACACCCGAAGCUCCUGGCAGCAUUUGCUAAGACAGUCUGGAUUUCCCUUUCAUGUUUCCUUUCUCAUUAAUUUCUCGGUUUAUAUACUUCAAGUCAAAUUUAAAUAGACCAUUGAAGCAUUCUUGUGCAGCGCCUCUUUUUACAAUCUAAUGAAGGCAUCCCAGAUCUUUCAUGCACACCGGCUGUGUAUUGAUAUUUGACAUUGCAGAAAUGGGGGUUUUUGUUCACUUUUUUAAUGUUAUUUAUUCUUACAUGUUCAAAAACUGUUGACAGAAGGGAUUUUAUUUUGUUUCCAAUGCAUUUUAAUCACUGGAUUAUCAGUGGCGCUGCAGACUGAGAUCACAAUCUGGCCACUGUUUUAUUCAGUAUUCAGUCAGUUCAGUUCAGUAAAGCCGAUAUUGGUCAUGUCUCUGGUUGAUCACACAAGGUACAGAUUACUGCCCCCCCCCCCCCAAUCGAUUUGAGAUUUUAAACAUUUACAGUUCUAAUCUACUACUCCGAUUUUUUUUAUAUAUAAUUAUUUUUAAAAGGGUAGCACUAAUAUAACAGUAUUAUUUGUAUGUAUUUCAUAGAGAUACAUUUAUGACUGUUACAUAAAGCUUCAUCAAACAGUUGUAAACAGUAAAUGAAGUCGGAAAGCUUUUCAAAUGCUUUUAAUUUGUCAUUUACUGUUGUUAUUCUGACAUGACUGACUAUCGCUAUGAUUAUUAUAGUUAUUGGGAAUGACUUGCUGUUAUUUCAGAAGAAAUGUAAUUAUCCUAUUAAAGCAUAUUUGCUAGUGCUUAUCCAAGACAUCAAAAAUCAAUGGUCUGUAACAAAACAAUGUAUAUCUUUUUGGUCCAAAAGAUGAAAAUAUGCGCAGCAUAUUAAUCAGUAGCGCACUGAAAUUUGUAGGAAGACAUGUUUAUUGCUUUAAUUUGAAUUAGUCAAAACAAAUUUCUAAUUUUAAGAAACGUCGCCUUGAGAUUGCCAAUCUUCCUGUCUGCUGUUACCAAGGUCGCCAUCAUGAGAGUCAUUGCUUUGCAGAUUCCCCCGAUCCGCUCAGAUCUAGCCAGCUGUAGUUGUGAAAUGCUGCACUCUGUGUAUUAUACGCUGUCACCCUUACUAUUAAGUAGUCAUUCUCCAAAUGAAGUAAGUGGUCAGGACAAAUUCCAGGCUCUCUAUGCACCGUAUGUUCAUGUCACCCCGACUGAAAUUAGCAUAACAUAACAUUUACCUGCCAUUUCCUCAAGAAGACCCAAGAGUCUGUGAAUAAAUCAGUUUGCAGUGGGUUGGUGUCGUACUGCUUUCACUGAAGCUGCCUGGUUGUUCUUCACCGUUUUUAUUUGUCAUAUACAUUUUCUUCUCUGAAGCCAGCACUGGACUUUGUGUUCUAUCAGCUCAUUGCCAGGACCAGAUGUGUCUCUGCAUGCUGUGUGAUGUGGUCAGUAGUAAUACAGAUUUAUUAUCCAA